AUGUCGGCUCGUUUCCUACUCGCGCUCACCGUGACGCUUCUCGGGGUGCCCGCAGCAGCCAUCGUUCGAUCGGUGGUAGAGCCAAUCAUCAUUGGUAACCCCAUGGUCAAGAACCUUACAGCACGUCUUCCCAUCAUCGGCGAGGGCCUCUACGAAGACUUUUCAGCACCUGCUCAGGUCAUCGACAAGGGCGCUCUCAAGGAUGUUGGCAACCUUGUCAACCUGAACCCCGUCCGUCACUUGCAAACUUCGUACACUCCGGCCGAGUUUCGGGCUGGUAUACUCGCUGCCGUGAACAGGGAACGCACUGCCAGAAACUUGCCAAAGUUGUGCAUGAAUCUGGAACUCCAGAAUGCAGCCCAAAGCCACUCGAAUGACAUGGCUGUCCACGACUACAUGGGCCACACGGGCUCAGACGGCUCGAAGAUGUCCCAGCGGAUCGAAGCUGAAGGAUACGAUCGCAUCGCUUGUGGUGAAAACGUGGCGGCAGGCCAGGCAUCGGUGGACGAAGUAGUUCAAGCAUGGAUGGCUUCUCCUACCCAUCGUGCAAACAUUUUGCGCGAAAAGUUUACCAUGCUCGGCUGCGGCUACGCGUUCAGCGAGCAAUCCACCUUCGGCCAAUACUGGACUCAGAACUUCGGAACCAGCACGAGCGAGCGGUGCUUGUAG